AUGGUUACUGUUUGGCGAAGUUUAAAAGCUUGCCCGGAAGAACUAAGGUUGGAUACAACAUUAAAAUGCGGACAAUCUUUCCGUUGGAAAGUGUCGGGUGAAAAUGAAUGGUCAUGUGCUUUCAAAGGAAGGCUUAUCUCUUUGAGACAAACAGAAUCAAAUGUAGAAUAUCGAUCAUACCAAUCUUCUUCCUCCUAUUCUUCCCCCAGUUUUCCUUACAAUUCAUCUGCAUCACUUUCGUCUACAGAAUAUUAUGCAAAGUGGUGUAAAGCUGAUAAAAAUUUUGCAAAGGUGGCUGAUAGAUUCCAAGGUGUAAGAAUCCUAAGACAAGAUCCUGUCGAAAAUCUAAUUUGUUUUAUAUGUUCUACAAAUAACAACAUUGCUAGAAUUUCUAAAAUGAUAGAGAAAUUGUGUAAUCGAUAUGGUAACAAGGUUUAUACUUUGAAUGGCGAAGACUAUUAUGAUUUUCCAACAUUGGAUAAACUUGCUUCUGAUAAUAUUGAAAUGGAAUUACGUGAAUUGGGGUUUGGUUAUCGUGCUAAAUAUAUUGUACAAACAGUCAAUCACUUGGUGGAAAAAUGUUCUGGAGGCGAGGAGUGGUUGUAUUCUUUGCGAAACCUUGAUUACAGAAAUGCUCAUAAUGCUCUACUACAACUUUCCGGUGUUGGUCCAAAAGUUGCCGAUUGUGUGUGUUUAAUGUCUUUAGACAAGCAUAAUUCUAUACCUGUAGACACACAUGUAUGGCAGAUCGCUAAACGUGAUUAUGGCUUUGCUUCAAAAACUUCAAAAAACUUAACAAAUCGGUUGUACGAACUGGUUGGCGAUCAUUUUAGAAAUUUAUUUGGAGAUUAUAGCGGAUGGGCUCAUUCGGUUUUGUUCGCUGCGGAUCUUAAAAUGUUUGAGAAAAAACAACAAUAUGAUAACAAUAAUACUAGCAGCAACAAUUUGAAAACUAAAAAAAACAUUGCCAACAACAACGAAUCUAGUUAUAAUAGUGUUGUUACGCUAACUUUAUCAUCAACAAAUGUCGAAGAAAAAUUGAACAAUAAUGAAUCACCUUCCAUUUCUAGAAAGAAACUUCGCAGUUCAGCUUGUUUGCCCAUUAUACCAAAUUUAAGUUAG